AUGGCAGCGAGGAGAGCAGAAUCUUAUGCUUCCCUGCUGAGCCGCAGCUUUUCUCCCCAGAUCUACAGGUUUAUACCUCAAGUGCCUAAGGACAGGAAGCACAUGAUCCUUAUCUCCACAGUGCUGGUGCUUCUGGCCACGGUCAUCAUCGGGGCCAUUCUCAUCGGUGUGUACAUUACACAGGAGCACACCGAAAGGGUGAUUAAAAUGAUCAGCCACGGAGACAGCGGUGCAGUGGUGGAGCAAACUGUGAUGCUGAACAACCAGGGAGGGGUGGCUGCUUUUCGGGUCAAGAGCAACAGAACCUCAGCCACUGUUGUCUAUGACUACAAGAACCGUCUCAUUGGCUUCCGAAUUCAUGGCAGAAGACAGUGUUUUGUGGUGGCAAUGGAUUCAGUGGAGGUGCCAAGCUUAAAUGAGAUCACCCAAGGAAUUGAACACUUCGAUCAACAGAUCUCAGGAGACGACAGCUUGGCCUACAGCUUCAAGCAGGGAGAACUGGCUGACGAGACCACACUAGGAUUCACAGUGAAUAUCCUUUGUAGCAACCAUCCUACAUACUGGGCGGAGAAAAAGCACAAAGAGCAACGAGGAGGACUGCUCCCCUGUCUGGGGCUCUUGAUUCUCAGAAUCUGCUUCAUGCUUUAAUGCCACUCACAUCUUAUCAGUGCUGUUCCAACGCUCCUGCGAUGAGAUAUAUGUCUGGGGCUGCACUUUCUGUCACAUUAAUCCUUGCUGCAGAACAUCACUGUCACCCUCAAAGAGUGUGGGUGAUGAAUAACAAGGGCUGUGUUUGCAUGUUGCAGUAAGCCACAGUGGGUUGGUUGUUGCCUGAAGUCACACAGAGCCAUUUCGGUCCUGAAGCAAACAAUGCCAUGAGCUAACACGACAACUCUGCUGCGCUUCCCAUAUGAGCCGCCUUCUUUAUGAGCCAGUGUGCUGGACUGGGGCUUGAGUCCCCACACAGCCAGGAGGCACACUGCGUGACUUCAGGCCACUCACUGUCAGCCUAACCUACCUCACAGGGUUGUUGUUAUGAGGACAAAAUGGAACGGAGGAGGACUCUGUAAGCUGAUUUGAGUUUCUUGCAGGAGAUUUUAAGAAAGCAGGCUACAAAUGCAACAUAGUAAUAAUAAUGUGAAAACAUUUCUAUGGAGGCCCUACUUUGGGUAUCUCAGCCACCUGACUGAAAACCUGGAGAGCUGCUGCCAGCCUCCUUCCCCAAGCCAGU